UUUGAAUUUUAAAUUUAAUAGUGGACUUUUUCAGAUUCAUGUAAAACAAGUGGGAAUUUUUAAGCAUGACCCAGUAUUCCCUGAAGAUAAGGCACUAGUUUAAAGACGAUGAGGAUUAUGAUGAUAAAGCACUAUCUGAACCUUACUUUUUUAUUAAAAUCUCACUGUCCCGUUCCCCAAUUACAAAUACACACCUUGUAAAAAGAUUACAUUAUUCCAUGUCCUAUUCUAUGCUUUUAAUGCAUUUUUACUUUCAUAUUGUGUAACGGAAAUCUGAAAGGUAAGAUUUUUAAAAUAAAUGAAUCUCUAGAAAGCCUGACGUGAAUACAACGACAUGGACUCUUUUAACAUUUUCUUUCGCAAUUAUAAAUCCGUAUUUACAAGCCUGCUGCGCCUCAGCCACAACGCAGUUCAUUGCAACUCAAAAAGUUCAGAAACGCAAGUUGUUAAUAAAGAACUAGAGGAAACUGAAAUGUGAAGGCAAACAUAUCUCAUUAUAAAAUUCGUAUUAUACGCCAUAAGGCUUCAUAUCCACGAAGCUCUUUAAAGUAUCAGGUUUGUAGCUGCGUGCGGUAUCCUUUAUGACGUCAUACACGAACGUUCGGAACCAAAGAUUCCAAACCCGGAGCGACGCAGUUCGGCCGCAUUCGGCUACGAGCUCCCGCUCGGACCGGACGCAGGGGACAUGUUUCCUUUGCUCAUUAAACUCGUGGUCUGUAUUCUGGCGUUAUUUACGCUCGACAACAGACUGUUCCAGCUCGCCGGCAGAUUUCCUGCCGUCUUCAAGCUCUCCGGCCAUGGCGCCCCAUGCUUGGGCGUCGACCACGACUCGGCUGGCCUGUCGAGUCUACUUCGCUGGCUGGAGAAACCUCCGAUUCGCCCUCCUCGCCUUGCACCGCCUGGCCUGGACCCCCCAGAACCAGGACCGGAAUUACCACACGACAUGAAAAAAGACACCAUCUUCCAGCACCUCAACAUCGGCACGGAGAGGGCGUGGCGCGUUGUCGCCUGGUGUCAUCUCGUCGCUCUUCUGACUCUGUGGACAGCGACCAUGAUCCUGGCCUUCAGAGGAAGGUCCUCCCCUGACCUCGACCCGGCGCCCUCUUGCCCCUUGGCCCCCUUACCCCCAUCCUCUCUCGCCCCCAGACUGGCGGCCCCCCCAUUCUACAGGUUCUACCCCUGCUGGGACCCCCCUGCCCAGUCCAGCGCCCCCAGGGUCUCUUGCUCUCCUCCCCCUCAGGCCCUGCUCUCCGUCGCCUGCCUCCUCUGCUCUGUGCGUCUCCCUCCCUGCCGCCCCGCUGCCCUGAGCUCUUCUCUCUCUCUCACCCUCUCCCUCCGCUGUGCCCUGAAGCGGCUCCAGGGGACUGUCCGCACCCCCCCCCUGUCCCGCCCUGGCCGCCCCUCUCCCCUGCUGCCCCUCCCCCCUGCGCCCUCGCGGCCUCGUUCUCUCUGCCCCCUGGCGGCUGGGGCUGUCUCACUGAGGCUGCCUCCCCCGUCCUCAGCCUUCCUGCCCCGAUGCGUCCGGCUCGACCCUUUCCCUCCUCCGGCGCCCCUCCCUGACCCCGCGGUGCUCCGGAACGGCCCCCAGCUCUGCCUCUUCUCUCCGGACUGUGGGGCCCCCAUGGAGUUCUGGGAGCUGGAGGGGGAGAGCGCGGAGCCCGGUCCCAGUGGGCGUGUCGAGGAGAGCAGGGCAGCGUGGGAAGGAGGCGCGAGACGGCUGGACCCCCUGAACACGGAGCUGGAAGGGCUGUGGGACGGACUGGGCUUCCUGUGGGACAGGGACAGCAGCGACCCCUGCUGGUGGAGCGUGGAAGAGUGGGAAAUGGGCUGACUCACCAUCUGCCUGACAGACCGAACUCUUUCACGGAUUCAUGGGCCUGGCUUUUGGACUGACACUUAAAUUUGUUUUUAUAUAUAACCUUAACUUUUAAGUUAACAUUUAGGGAACAUUUAAUUCAUACUUGUUUAACCUUAAAAUUUCAAUGAACACCUGGUUAGAUUCAAGUAAAGUAUUUAGUUCUAAAAUGUUAAUUUUGCCUCAAUUAUUAAUUAUCUUUCUUUUCAACGUCA